AUGCCCCCCGCCGCGGCCGACCCCGACGCGCCCUCGGGCUCGGGCUCGGACGACGACGACGACGGCGACGCCGUCCCCCGAGACUCGGACGGCAGCUGGGAGGACCCGAUGGAGGAGAUCUGCCCGCUCGAGGCGCGGUGCAACCCCGCGCUCGACGGCGUGUUCGAUAAGACCGCGGUCCUCGCGCGCGUCGCGCGGCUCACCGCGCCGGAGCUCGCCGCGCUCGCGGAGCGAUGCGUGUGCCCGCCGAAAGAGAAGUGCAAGUACCGGAAGUGCGUCGACAGCGACGCCGCGUGGUGGCCGCACUGCGCGAGCGCGUGGUACGAGCCGGGAAUGGCGCCGGAGAAGCCCGGGCGGCCGCCGAAACAGCGAAAGACGUGGAAAAACGCGUACCUCGCGCUGCGGCCGGAGGAGGGGCCGAGCCCGGAGGAGAUCGCGGCGAGGGAGGCGAAGAUCGCGAGGCACGAGGAGAAGAUGGCGGUGUGGGAGCUCGAGAAGAAGGCGGGGAGGAUGUGCGUGAGAGGGAACGCGGUGGGGGGCGCGACGGUCGUGUCCCCGGAGGCGGCGGGCGCGGGCGGGGACAAGCACGCGAUGCGCGAGUUUUAUCGCACGGUGAGGAGUAAGCCGAAGGGGAAGGUGAAGAAAGGGAGGGACGCCGCGCACGCGGGGGACGACGGGGAGUGA